CAUCAUCACUGGUGUGUUCGCAAGCUUCGCCAGCUGCAACGUACGACCUAUCUGACUUCAUGUCGGGACGCUUUAUGCGUCCUCGUAACUUCAUCAAUCAUUGAGAGCGCCGGAGGCAAUGAUCAUUAUCAGAUAACCCAUAAUUAGAACAUCCUUCAAUUUUGUGAACCCAUCAAAACAGGAUGUACUGUGAUCCUCCGCACCCGGACGGAUGGAAAUAUGUAAAGACAUGGGACGAGACGCCAGUCAUGCCUGAGUCUUGCAAACCCCUUUCAUUCUAUCUCAAUCGUCCACUAGCGCGGCGUUUUAUGCCUAAUCUGUCAUGGGAGGCUCCUCUCGCCGAUCGCGAGCCCAUUGAGCCACAAUCUCUUCCACCUGUGGCAUACACCCCAAAACCUCCUCCAAAGCCCAAGGAUCCUCUGGAAGCUGCGGGUCUGCUCAUUAUGGUCGAUGGGCGUAGGCACAUGAUGGUGAAUGGCCAGCUAAUGGAGGUCAUGCACGAACACCAUCCUGGCCCACAAUCGUUCCGUGGGCGUGUUUUUCCCGUUCCUGGGGUGAGCAAGAAGGGGCGAGGGCGCCUUCCUCCUACGGGCAAAGAUCCGACGAGGAAAGGCGCUACGUAUACCUGCAAAGUGGAGGGUUGUCGUAAGACGUUCGGUCGACAUGCACAUCUGAAACGUCACAUUGAGUCUCUCCAUACCCAUGAAGAGAAAUACAUGUGUGCACUGCCAUUCUGCGAUAAGUCGUUCAAACGACGGGACAACCUCUUGCAACACGAGCGGAAACAUAAGCAUUACCAAGCGUUCUUUGAUUGCACGGAGAAGUUCGAGGGCGAGCUGAUGCCUCAGUAUCGCCCACGCGACGCGGACCCCGAGACGCUUGCAGAACUGGAAAAAUACAAGGAAGCGUUCAAGAAUCUCCUCGAGCAGGCUGCGUCCGGUAUUCCGUUCAGCUUCCCUAUACAGUGGGAUCUGUACAUGCCCAAGCCGGCAGAAGAUGAUGAGUCGGAUGGAGAUGACGCUGCUGACGGUGACGCCACGAUGAGCGCGGAUGGUCCGGCAAGUGGUGGUGGCUCAACGUCCGGAGGUGCUGUGGCAAAUGGAGGUGCCACAAGCAGCAGGGAUACCACGAUGGUAUCAUCUACAAGCCUGGCAUCGAUCACGUCUUUUGCGAUGUCUAUCGCGGCUGGACAUCACUCUUUCGGAACUCAGCCUUUAUCAUCUUCAACGUCUGUAUGGCACAUUUGAAGCCUCGUUCCUUUGCUAUAGCCUUGCGAUAUGAUUUACUUUGCUAUCUCGUUCUCGCAGACGCUCUGCUAGCGAUCCCAAUAACUGUUUGUCGUGCUCUGUAUAUAUUGCUCUCUCAGUCAACGAUAUUAUCUUGUACAAC